AUGUAUGAGAUGGUGGGAAAACUAAACAGUUUGAAGGGAAAACUAAAGCAGCUUAGUAAAGAAAAGUUCAGUCAUAUAGAAAAGCAGACAGAUCAAGCACAGGAAGAAUUACUGCAGUGUCAACAUAGAUUGCAGCAAAGACCUCUUAAUCGUGAACUACAAGAGGAAGAAGCAAGGAUAAUCAGUCCAGAUGGCUAUGGAAGCAAGUUUUUCAAAGAUAGUUGGGAAGUGGUGGGGAGAGAUGUAGUGGAUGCUAUAAUGGAAUUCUUCAGAACAGGGAAAAUGUUAAGAGUGCUGAAUCAUACAGUGAUAACCAUUAUACCUAAGAGCUCUCAUGCUACAAGUGUGGGAGAUUACAGGCCUAUUGCAGGGUGUAAUACAAUAUACAAGGUGAUAUCUAAAAUGCUAUGUAACAAGCUUAGAUUGGUACUGCCUACAUUGAUUUUUGCGAACCAAAGUGCAUUUGUUUCAGGGAGAACCAUAGUCCAAAAUAUUCUGAUUUUCCAGGAUUUGGUAAGAUUGUACAACAGGAAGAACACUACUCAGAGUUGUUUAAUCAAGAUUGAUCUCAAAAAGGCAUAUGAUACUGUAGAAUGGACGUUUGUGGAAGAAAUACUCUAUGCAAUGAAUUUUCCUCAGAGAUUCAUUAAAUAG